AUGACGAACGGUGUUAUUCGAAUCGACGAUUUUGAUGAGAUUUGCGAAAAAGCAAAAACGGGCGGCAAUUCGAAAUUGAAGAAGAAUCACACGGAAUUCGCGUACAGCAAUCCAAUAAUCGAAGAUGACGCAGAAAUUACAUGCGGCCAUCAACGCCUCUCGGGAAUUCUGAAAAUCGCCGAUUUGCCUCCGGACGAUGAGCCGAAGCCAACAAUUCUGGAAUUGCUGAAACGUCGCCUCAGAUUCAAACUUCCUGUGAUGGUCGGCGCGUCGUCGAACGAUGGCAAGCCGUUGUCGCCACCGGCGGGCGUCGGCGAAUCGCGAAUCGGCAUCGAUGUGCCGACAACGUCAACAUCGACGAUCUUCGAAAUUGAAUCGCUUCACAGUACGAUCAAUGAUGGCGGCGGUUCGACGAAUGGCGGUGAAGGUCUGACACCUGUCGCUACAAGACCAUGUAUUUAUUACUGUAGCACCCGUUCACUGAGCACAAAAUUAAUAGGAUUUGAAGUAAAGACUUUCAAGAGCCAUCAACGCCUCUCGGGAAUUCUGAAAAUCGCCGAUUUGCCUCCGGACGAUGAGCCGAAGCCAACAAUUCUGGAAUUGCUGAAACGUCGCCUCAGAUUCAAACUUCCUGUGAUGGUCGGCGCGUCGUCGAACGAUGGCAAGCCGUUGUCGCCACCGGCGGGCGUCGGCGAAUCGCGAAUCGGCAUCGAUGUGCCGACAACGUCAACAUCGACGAUCUUCGAAAUUGAAUCGCUUCACAGUACGAUCAAUGAUGGCGGCGGUUCGACGAAUGGCGGUGAAGCGUCGGCUUCAACGUGUUUCGCGAUGGCGAAAAAAUCGGCGACACCAUCGCAAUUCCAUCCGAAACCGCCGUUCUCGUGCACACCGGCUUACAUCGUCAUUCUCAUCGGCCUGCUGCUCGUCCUAAUCGUCGGAGCGAUUCACACUCUAAUCGACAUGAAGCCGGGAUUCCUGCUUCCGGCUUCAUCGUCGACAUCGCAAAACUUCACCUCAUAUUCCACGCUGAAGCCGGAAUAG